AUGCAGUCUUAUAAUUAUGGAGUUCGACAGUCCGCAGCCGAGAGUAUGGACGACAAUCGGAGUCGCUAUGUUCCCAGCUCUGUCUACAGCGGCCCUGGACCGAUCGACGACUCUCCCGCCAUUGGAAAUACGCAGAGCUUCAUGUCUGGCGCUUUGCGAGGCCCUUACACUGACGACCAACCCACCCCUCGCUUUGCACCACCGAUGCCGAAGCAGCCACGAAAUUCCACCCUCCUGAACAUCAACGACCCAGUGGCGAUGCACUUGUUGGCCGAGACUGCAAUGAGCGACAGUAGGGAUUUCGAAGUCCUGUCGUUUGAGGAGAUUGAUCAGUUGAAAAAAGAAAGGGCUCACCUGCGAGGCAAAAUCGAGACAUCGAGAAGAAAGUUGGCACUCGAACGCAAAUUACGGGAUGCUGCUCAGUCACUGAACCGGCUAUAUUCUGUCAAGGACAAGAGCGAUGGCUCAGGAGGCUCACCGAAAAGGACCCGGAGAAGUUUUCUGGGAAACAUCAAAAGCGGCGGAACUGAGGCACUGAGCCGGGCAGACGACGAAUAUGCUGCCAGUAAUAAAAAGGUGGAGGAACUCACACUGGAGCUGUCACAAGAGGAGAAGCAGCUUGAGCGAGUGGAGAGGCGGAUCCUGCAGCAUACAGCAGGUAUUUUACAGAUGACACACAAGGGACUGAAGAAGAAUGUUCGAAGGUCCGAGUUGCCCAGAAGUCCGGAGAGUAUGACCAGCCAGCCCAAUGGGCGGAGUUCAGGCCUUGAUGGCAUCGGCGACUUUGACGAACGCAGCCUCUAUCAAGUGCCCGACUAUGUGACCGAGUUUGGCCAAGUAUCGCACCGCCUGAGCAAAAGCAAAUUCGCAAACAAGGAAAUGCUUCCCAUCGACGACCUUGCUCUUCGCUUACAAGAACUCAACUCCCGAUUGCAUAUCAUGAUUACCCAAUCAGGCUCACAGGCGCAUUUCGAGCCGCCUCCGCGAUCCGACGACGAGGGUAUGGUGGGACGAGUCGGUGCACAAAUUCAAGCCCACCUAGGAUAUCUGUCUCAAGGACUAGAUGCAAUGGAAGCAGCACAAGCACGAUCUCUCGAUGUGGGGCAGAACUCUAUCCUCGACCACGAAGAUCGGCUGGAAGACGUGAACAUGCGGCUCCAUGAUAUGCUUGAGCGGACAAACUCCAUCAGCCAUAGCCCCCUACUGCCGCAGGAUGAGCCAAGGGGGAAAGACCUGCAGUCUCAACUAGCCUUUUCUUCCAAUAUUCUGGACAGACUCAAUCAACGCGUCGAGACACUUGUGGAACAAAAAGAUAUUCUUACACGGCAAAUUCAGCAGCAGCGAGAACUCAACAGCAAGUCGGAUGCUCAACGUGACGCCAAGAUUCAUGAUUUGAUGGAGGAGAUAGAAGAGUACAAAAAGGUACAGUCUGCUAGCGAGGAGGAGGCCCAACGUUUUCAGGACCAGAUCAGUCUCCUCAUGGAACAGCUAGACAUGGCCAAGCAAGAAGGUAUGCUUCUGGAACAACAACGAGGAGCUAGCGACAGUCAAGCUGCCAACGCAGAACGCGUUGCUCGCAAGCAGAUGGAAGAGAAGCUCUUGGCCGAACUCCAGGCCAAACAACAAGAGCUUGGUCAGCUGCAGGUUGAGAUGAACCAGCUACGCAACGAGUCCGAAUCCAAACUUCAACAAUUGCUUCAGCAACUCGAAGAGGUCAAGAAAGCAAAGGCCCAAGCUGAUAUCGAUCUGAAAAGCAGGGAUGAGGCCACGACUUCGCUACGCAAGCAAAUUGCCGAUCUCGAAACCGCCAGGACAAAUGCAGACACAGAGCUUGCAAAAGUUCGUGAAGAGGUCAAGGAGCUCGAGUCCGACGUUGUGCGAGCGCAGACAGAACUGACCCUGGUAAAAGCUGAGCUGGACGGCGCAUAUGGGACACGUGCUCAGCGAGCAGCCGAUGUAUCUAUGAAUCCGGCUGUCCAAAAGGAGAUUGACACUUUAAACGCACGCAACAGCGAGUUGGUGGGCCAGCUCGACUUUCUGAAGACCCAGCACGAAACAAAAGGCGCGGGUAGCGCAGAACUGCAGAACAAGGUCAACGCGCUCCAGCAGGAGUUGAAGGAUACGUUGGAAGAAUAUGAGCUUAUGACCAAGCAAAGCAUAGAAGAUGAAAAAGAACGAGAACGUCUGGAAGAACAAGUCGACUCCCUCCAGCAACGAUGUGAAACGUUCGAGGCACAACUCAACGAAGAGAAGGUCAAAUGGUUAGGCGCAAAGGCUGGGUCGCCUAUCGAGACGACCUCCACGAUGGUCUUGAAGAACGAGUUCAAGAAAAUGAUGCGUGAAACUCGCGCCGAGAACUUGAAGACCCUCAAGGCUGAACAAGAAGAACGGCGUCGCAUGGAGGCAAUCAUCAAAGGCCUUCGGAAAGAUCUCCAGCAGCGGCGUUCUCAAAAGGAUGUCCCGGUCGCAGAGAACGUGUCCUAG